AUGGCGGCGCCUUCCUCCCUCUCCUUCCUCCCCGCGCACGCGCAGCCCCUCUCCCCCCUUCACCCCCGCCGCCUCCGCCAUCCAGCCGCCGCGCCGACCACUCCCGAACCCCUCACGCUCGCUGUCCGGUGCGCCGCGAAGGCGGCGCCGGCUCCGGCAGCGCCGGCGAGGCCCAUCCCGCCGCCGAAGCUGGUCCGCUGCCCGGCGCUGGACCGGCAGGCGGCGCGCGCGAGCCGGCUCCGCUUCGCCCGCAAGCUCCUCACCCUGCUCCUCUCCAAGCCGCGCGGCUUCCUCCCGCUCCGCGUCCUCCUCCGCUGCCGCCGCUUCCUCGGCCUCCCGCGCCGCCGCCCGCUCGUCCCCUUCGUCCUCCGCUACCCCACGCUCUUCCGCCUCUUCCAGGCGCCCAUCUCCCGCCCGCUCUCGCCCUCCCUCUCCACCCUCGCCGUCGCGCUCACCCCCGCCGCCCACGCGCUCGCCGCCGACCUCGCCGCCCUGCGCGGGGCCGAGCUCGCGCCCGGACUCGCGGAGAAGGUGCACCGCCUCCUCCUCAUGACCCCCCGGCGCAGCCUCCUGGUGUCCAAGCUCGCGCACAUCGCGCCCGACCUCGGCCUCGCCAUGGACUUCCGCGCCACGCUCUGCCCCCGCCACCCGGACGUCUUCACCUUCGCAAACACCUCCCACGGCCACGCGCUCCUGCUGGUCGACCCGCCGCCGCCGCCUCCUUCACCCCUCCCCCCGCCGCUCCGCCCCGCCGUCCGGCCCGACCGCCUCAUCGACCGGCCGCGGAGGUUCCCGCACCUCCCGCUCCGCCGCGGGCUCAACCUCCGCCGCGCGCACCGGGACUACCUCAUCCGGUUCCACAGCCUGCCCGAGGCUUCCCCGUUCGAGCCGCUGGAGGAGGGCGCGAGCGCGGAGAUGGCGGAGCGGCGGGCGUGCGCGGUGGUGCGGGAGGUGCUGGCGAUGACGGUGGAGAAGAGGACGCUCGUGGACCACCUCACGCACUUCCGGAGGGACUUCGGGCUGCCCAACCGGCUGCGCGCGCUGCUGGUGCGCCACCCGGAGCUCUUCUACGUCAGCAUCAAGGGCGUCCGGCAUUCGGCGUUCCUGGUGGAGGCGUUCGACGACGAGGGAAGGCUUCUCGUGGAGGACGGGAUGCUGGUUGGGAGGGACCGGCUGGAGGAGCUUGUCCGGGAGGGCAAGAAGAUCAGACGGGCUCGAAAGAAGGGUGUUUUUCCGGUUGAUGGCGACAGUGACGAGGAUGAUGAGGAAUAUGAUAAUGUAGCAGAGGGUUCGUCAGAGUUGGAUGGUGAUUUCGGGGACCUGUUUGAAGAAGACAGUGUCGCUGGGGAAGACUGGAAUGAGGUGGGUGAUGGAGGCGGAAUCGAGGGGGAUGGCGACGACGAAGAUGAUCCUGAAGCUGAUGCCAUGGAGGAGUUUUGGGUGAAGAAGGCUGCGGAGGAGGGGCUGGUUGACAGUGGCACCGAGCAUGAUGUUUGGUGA